GAGUUGUCACUGGGGGAGUGGUUUGCAUGUUAACAAACACUAUAUGUAAGCCUUUCCCACAAGGGCCAGCCUUCAGAGCACCUCCUGUGCACCGACGAAGAGACUGCACCACUGCAGCCAAGGACCCAGAAUGCCCAACUACAAGCUGACGUACUUCAAUCUGCGAGGAAGAGCAGAAAUCAUCCGCUAUGUGUUUGCCUAUGCAGGCAUAAAGUAUGAGGACCACAGGCUGGAAGGAGCGGACUGGCCAAAGAUUAAACCAACUAUUCCAUUCGGCAAAGUCCCCAUUCUGGAAGUAGAUGGAGUGAUCAUUCACCAGAGCCUGGCAAUCGCAAGAUACCUUGCCAGAGAAACAGGUCUGGCAGGUCAGACUCCAAUAGAGCAGGCAUUGGCUGAUGCCAUUGUGGACACCAUCGAUGAUUUCAUUACGCUGUUUCCCUGGGCAGAGAAAAAUCAGGAAGUGAAAGAGAAAGCUUUUAAUGACAUCCUCACCAAUAAAGCCCCCGAGCUGCUGAAAGCUUUGGAUGCUUUCUUAGGAGACAACAAAUGGUUCGUAGGGAAAUCUGUAACAUGGGCUGAUUUCUACUGGGAUGUGUGCAGCACGACACUCCUGUCCUAUAAAGCUGACCUGGUAGAAAAGUACCCCAGGCUGUCGGCUCUCAGGGAUAGAGUGGAAGCACUGCCUGCUAUUGCAGCCUGGAUCCAGAAAAGACCAAAGACAACAAUUUAGAUCGUCUGUUCAGUGGAAAAGCAAAUGCAUGGUGGUGUUUUUUUUUUGGUCUUCAAACAUUACAAAUGUGCUAAGUUAUUAAUUUUAGAAUCUUUUAAAUUAAUUUCAGGUGGGUGUGAAGUCGCAAAUCAGUAUCUAGUAGAGUAGAGCCAUUCCAACUACAUUCCCUUCAUCACUAAUCAAGAGUUUGGAAAACACAGUUAAUGUUCUGUGGGAUCUCAGGGGGAGAAAAAGAUAAUAAUAAUAAACAUUACUGGACAGAUAUAAUCUCAAUGA